UUUCAUUCAUUUGUAUAUGUGGCAGCCGCGGGUGUAGAUUGUUCGUCAUAUUUCUCAGAAAUAGCAAAACUCAAUAGACCCCUAUUUAUCUUAAUGUAGUAUUUUAAAAAAUAGUUGGUGAAUUCAAAGGGUCGCUUGUUGUCCGGUUUGGUUAAUUUAGGGCGUGGGGAUAGGCAACGAUGGCGCAAAUAUUACCGAUACGCUUUCAGGAGCAUUUACAGCUCACAAAUGUGGGCAUCAAUCCAGCUUCAAUAUCCUUCAACACUCUCACAAUGGAGUCGGACAAGUUCAUCUGUGUCCGAGAGAAGGUGGGAGAGACUGCGGAGGUGGUGAUCAUUGACAUGGCCGACCCCACCAACCCCAUCCGCAGGCCGAUCAGUGCUGAUUCUGCCAUCAUGAACCCCGCCAGCAAGGUUAUUGCACUGAAAGGGAAGGCCGGAGUUGAAGCAGCUCAAAAGACCCUGCAGAUCUUCAACAUCGAGAUGAAAUCCAAGAUGAAGGCUCACACAAUGACGGAAGACAUCGUCUUCUGGAAGUGGAUAUCCUUAAACACCCUCGCGCUGGUCACCAAGAUGUCGGUGUACCACUGGUCUAUGGAGGGAGACUCGACUCCCGUCAAGAUGUUUGAUAGGCACUCCUCGUUAGCGGACUGUCAGAUCAUCAAUUAUAGGACCGACCCGAAACAACAGUGGCUGUUGCUUGUUGGUAUCUCAGCCCAGCAGAACCGCGUGGUAGGCGCAAUGCAGCUCUACUCUGUAGAGCGCAAGUGCUCUCAGCCCAUCGAGGGUCACGCGGCCUCCUUCGCCACCUUCAAAGCUGAAGGCAACGCCGAACCCUCUACCCUGUUCUGUUUCGCCGUCAGAACUGCUCAGGGUGGCAAACUGCAUAUUAUUGAGGUGGGCCAAACUCCCGCCGGAAACCAGCCCUUCCUCAAGAAGGCGGUGGACGUGUUCUUCCCCGCGGAAGCUCAGAACGACUUCCCCGUCGCCAUGCAAGUUUCCCCGAAGUAUGAUGUCAUUUACCUGAUCACCAAAUACGGAUACAUACACAUGUACGAUAUCGAAACUGGAACGUGCAUCUACAUGAACCGUAUUUCCUCUGAUACGAUUUUCGUGACCGCUCCUCAUGAGACUACGGGAGGAAUUAUUGGUGUAAACCGCAAAGGCCAGGUCCUCUCAGUGACCGUAGAAGAGGACUCCAUAGUUCCCUACAUCAACACGGUGCUGCAGAACCCUGAGCUAGCUUUGAGGUUGGCUGUGCGCAACAACCUGGCUGGAGCCGAGGAGUUAUUCGUCAGGAAGUUCAACAUGCUGUUCACUAACGGACAGUAUGGGGAGGCUGCUAAGGUAGCAGCAAUGGCACCCCGAGGCAUCCUGCGUACUCCUCAAACCAUCCAGCGCUUCCAGCAAGUGCCGACCCAACCUGGUCAGACCUCACCUCUGCUGCAGUACUUCGGUAUCUUGCUGGAUCAAGCGCAGCUCAACAAGUUCGAGUCGCUUGAGCUGUGCCGGCCUGUGUUGCUGCAAGGCCGCAAGCAACUCCUAGAGAAAUGGCUGAAGGAAGAAAAGCUAGAAUGCUCCGAAGAGCUUGGAGACCUCGUGAAGCAGGUGGACCCGACCCUCGCUCUCUCCGUGUACCUUCGCGCUAAUGUAGCUUCCAAGGUCAUCCAGUGCUUCGCCGAGACUGGCCAGUUCCAGAAGAUUGUGCUCUAUGCUAAGAAGGUUGGCUACACUCCCGACUACAUCUACCUUCUCCGUUCCGUAAUGAGAACGAACCCUGAACAGGGAGCAGGGUUCGCCGGCAUGCUGGUGGCUGAAGAGCCUCCCCUAGCUGACAUUAACCAGAUCGUUGAUGUGUUCAUGGAACAGAACAUGGUGCAGCAAUGUACUGCCUUCUUGUUGGAUGCUCUGAAGAAUAAUAGGCCAGAGGAAGGACCGUUGCAGACUAGGUUAUUAGAAAUGAACCUGAUGUCGGCGCCUCAGGUAGCGGACGCGAUCCUCGGUAACGCGAUGUUCACGCACUACGACCGCGCCCACGUGGCGCAGCUCUGCGAGAAAGCUGGUCUGCUGCAGCGAGCGUUAGAGCAUUACACCGACUUGUAUGAUAUUAAGAGGGCUGUGGUACACACCCACCUCCUGCCAGCGGACUGGCUGGUGACCUACUUCGGCAGCCUGUCCGUGGAAGACUCUCUCGAAUGCCUGAAAGCCAUGUUGCAAGCCAACAUCCGUCAGAAUCUGCAAAUCUGCGUGCAAAUAGCCACUAAAUACCAUGAACAGCUGACUACCAAGUCUCUCAUAGAACUGUUUGAAAGCUUCAAGACUUAUGAGGGCUUGUUCUACUUCUUGGGCUCGAUUGUCAACUUUAGCCAAGAUCCUGAAGUUCAUUUCAAGUAUAUUCAGGCGGCUUGCAAGACCGGUCAGAUCAAGGAAGUGGAGCGCAUCUGUCGGGAAUCGAACUGCUACAACGCGGAACGAGUCAAGAACUUCCUCAAAGAAGCCAAGCUGCCCGACCAGCUGCCUCUCAUCAUCGUCUGUGACCGCUUCGACUUUGUGCACGACCUAGUACUGUACCUGUACAGGAACAGCCUGCAGAAGUACAUUGAGAUCUACGUGCAGAAGGUGAACCCAUCCCGUCUGCCAGUGGUAGUGGGAGGUCUGUUGGACGUGGACUGUGCUGAGGACAUCAUCAAGAACCUGAUCCUUGUGGUCCGAGGACAGUUCUCCACUGAUGAACUGGUUGCUGAGGUUGAGAAGAGGAACAGACUGAAGCUGCUCCUCCCGUGGUUGGAGACUCGCGUGCACGAGGGCAGCACUGAACCCGCUACCCACAACGCUUUGGCCAAGAUCUACAUCGACUCCAACAACAACCCUGAACGUUUCCUUAAGGAGAACCAAUGGUACGACUCCCGCGUGGUGGGGCGCUACUGCGAGAAGCGCGACCCGCACCUGGCGUGCGUGGCGUACGAGCGCGGCCAGUGCGACCGCGAGCUCAUCGCCGUGUGCAACGACAACUCGCUGUUCAAGACGCAGGCGCGCUACCUCGUGCGGCGCCGCGACCCCGACCUGUGGCUCGACGUGCUGGCCGAGGCCAACCCCUUCAAGCGACAGCUCAUCGACCAGGUUGUCCAAACUGCUCUCUCAGAGACCCAAGACCCGGAAGACAUCUCGGUGACGGUGAAGGCGUUCAUGACGGCCGACCUGCCCAACGAGCUGAUCGAGCUGCUGGAGAAGAUUGUGCUCGACAACUCCGUGUUCUCCGACCACAGGAAUCUGCAGAACUUGCUUAUACUUACUGCAAUAAAGGCGGACCGCAGCCGCGUGAUGGAGUACAUCAACCGUCUGGACAACUAUGAUGCCCCGGAUAUUGCGAACAUUGCCAUCAACAACGAACUCUAUGAAGAGGCCUUCGCUAUCUUCAAGAAGUUUGAUGUUAACACUUCCGCUAUUCAGGUGUUAAUCGAACAAGUGAAAGACCUGGAACGCGCAUACGAGUUUGCUGAACGCUGUAACGAGCCCGGCGUCUGGUCGCAACUGGCCAAGGCUCAACUGCAACAAGGAUUGGUCAAAGAAGCCAUCGACUCCUACAUCAAGGCUGAUGAUCCUUCGGCGUACAUGGAUGUGGUCGCCACAGCCACCAACAGGGAGUCCUGGGAAGAUCUAGUCCGUUAUCUACAGAUGGCUCGCAAGAAGGCCCGCGAAUCCUACAUAGAAUCAGAACUGAUCUACGCCUACGCCCGCACCGGCCGUCUCGCUGAUCUCGAAGAGUUCAUCUCGGGCCCCAACCAUGCCGACAUACAGAAGAUCGGAGACCGAUGCUUCGAUGACAAGAUGUUCAAUGCUGCUAAACUGCUCUAUAAUAAUGUCAGCAAUUUUGCGAGAUUGGCUAUCACGCUUGUGCAUUUGAAGGAGUUCCAGGGUGCGGUGGACAGUGCACGCAAGGCUAACUCGACCCGCACUUGGAAGGAAGUGUGCUUCGCGUGUGUGGACGCCGGCGAGUUCCGACUCGCGCAAAUGUGCGGGCUACACAUCGUUGUACACGCUGACGAGCUAGAAGACCUCAUUAAUUAUUAUCAGGACCGCGGCCACUUCGACGAGCUCAUCAGCUUGCUAGAAGCAGCUUUAGGCUUGGAGCGAGCCCACAUGGGCAUGUUCACGGAGCUGGCCAUCCUCUACUCCAAGUACAAGCCCGCCAAGAUGCGGGAGCAUCUCGAGCUCUUCUGGUCACGUGUCAAUAUUCCUAAGGUUCUCCGCGCGGCCGAGCAAGCGCACCUGUGGUCGGAGCUGGUGUUCCUGUACGACAAGUACGAGGAGUACGACAACGCCGCCCUCACCAUGAUGCAGCACCCCACCGAGGCCUGGCGCGAGGGACACUUCAAGGAUAUUAUUACUAAAGUAGCAAACAUGGAACUGUACUACAAAGCGAUUCAAUUCUACCUGGACUACAAGCCUCUUCUGCUGAACGAUCUGCUCCUAGUCCUGGCUCCCCGCAUGGACCACACUCGAGCAGUCACCUUCUUCACCAAGGCUGGACAUCUGCAGCUCGUGAAGGCUUACCUGAGAUCCGUCCAGAGCUUGAACAACAAGGCUGUUAAUGAAGCUCUCAACUCCUUGCUUAUUGAUGAAGAGGAUUAUCAGGGCUUACGGACAUCGAUAGACGCGUUCGACAACUUCGACACGAUCGCGCUGGCGCAGCAACUGGAGAAACACGAGCUCACCGAGUUCAGGAGAAUCGCCGCUUACUUAUACAAAGGCAACAACAGAUGGAAGCAGAGCGUGGAGCUAUGCAAGAAGGACGCGCUGUACGCGGACGCCAUGGAGUACGCGGCCGAGUCGCGCUCCGCCGACGUGGCGGAGGAGCUGCUCAACUGGUUCCUCGAGCGAGACAACUACGAGUGCUUCUCUGCUUGUCUCUACCAGUGUUACGACCUGCUGAAACCUGACGUGGUCAUCGAGUUAGCGUGGAGACAUAACAUCAUGGACUUUGCCAUGCCCUUCCUUAUUCAGACGGUCCGCGAGCUGACGACGAAGGUGGAGAAGCUCGAGGAGGCGGACGCCAAGCGCAGCACCGAGAGCGCCGAGCACGAAGCCAAGCCCGCCAUGAUCAUGGAGCCACAGCUCAUGCUUACCGCCGGACCAUCAAUGCCGUACGUGCCGGCGGGAGUAGGUGCGCAGGCGUCGCCCUACGCGUACGCGGCGCAGGCGCCCUCGCCCGCGCCCUACCACGGCUACGGCAUGUAGGGGGGCUCCUCCGCGCGGUACUGUCGCCACCGCUGAGCUCACCCAGCCACCCGGGGUGAUCACUGACUGAUGUCACUUGCGAACAAGGGUGUAGGCUCUAUGUUAUUCCUCAAUGAGACGUUAUCACCUCGUGUGUCUGCGUGGGUGUCAGGUCGCGAUGCGGCCGCGCGAGGCAGCAGUCCCCGGCAGAAGAGCCGCUCUAUGCGCUCGCGACCGCCGCCGCCGGCUUCGCGUAGGACUUAUGAACUAGCCUAAGUUUUCUACUCAAAGUGCCGGGUAUUUUUCUAUACGCCGAGGCCUAACGUUAUAGUGUUUCCUUUGCGUCCCCCCACUGUAAAAAAAGUAUUAUGUCAAGACGGUCGGAAGUGCAUAGAGUAUAAAUUAAAAUGUUACGCGUAGUUUAGCCGACGGGCCGAUACGUCAAAUGAAUAUUGUUAGCCUGUACAAAUUAUAUUAAUAUAUUUGAUUGCUAAAUAGCUCUCAUUACAACAAAGUGCUUUAUUUUUUAAUCAUGAGAGUUAUAUAGAUAUCGUGGAAAUUGUCGCUUGCGAUUAAUAUUAACAUUGUUUAGAGCGGUCACUUCAACAUUAAUAUGUUAACACGAUUACUAAUCGAAUAUUAAAUGUUCAGCAAUCUUGUACCUUUUUAGUAGGGUUGUAACGAGUUGCCUGUCUCUUGUUACUCAAAACUGUCUAUAAUACAUUAGCUAGUUAUUUAUAAAGACAUUUCUGUUGAUUCAUCGUUGUUAUCGAUGAAGCUAUCUCAUCUGUGUAUUUGAAAUACUCUGUUUUACAACGCUCGUUACAACUCUAUGUGUAAAAUUAGAUAAAGUAAUAUUGUAAAAUACUUGGUGUACUUGAAUAGUUGCUGUUGUCACGGAUGUAGACCGAGAGUAGUGUGACAUGAAGGUGCUUACAAACGUGUUGGUGGCACACCCACGCAUAUUAUGGCUCGAUCAAUACUCGAAACUGUCCGGAUUGUUGGUCGGCCUCGCUAAUUAUUCAGUAACUAGGGUGUGAAGUCAAGACGUCUAUAGGUAUCUACCGCCACUAGGUGCAUACGACAUGUAAUAUACGUAUAUGUACAUAGUGGACUACGAUGACACCACAGAUAAUUAAAUUUAUUAAAAAAAUAUUCAACAUUUGAAAUUAGCGAUUAGUGUCAAAUCUUUAUCAUUAACAUUAUUUUUUUUAUUUACGUUAUUAAUCAUUAUUAGAAUCACCUGUUUUUUGUUAGAAAAAAAUUAUGGGAUAUGGAAUCUAUGCAUUCGACUGAACAGUUUAUUUUACAUGACUCAGUUAUGUCGUGCAAUAAUUUCGGAAUAUACACCUCUACAGUAAUUGUGAUCAGAUAUUUUACAUCAAAAUAUAAUAGUAUUGUUAUAUGUAUAUAAUGAUUUUGAUUCAUAUGAGCCAGUUGAAAUUAACUGAAAUAUUAUAGAGACCGGUUUCCGAGUUACUCUACAGUAAAUUAAAUAUUUUUUAGAUAUGUUUAGGUUUACUUUAGGCGGAAUUAGUGGUACGAAGUUCUUUUGUGUAAUGUUUGAACGUGUGAGUUUGGAGUACACGCGUGAUGCUUCAGUUUGCGUUGUCGUCGAGACAUGAUGAUGCCUUCACUAGAUCGUUAAGUCAUUUCCCCGGCUACAGGCACCGGGACACAUACACUUUAUCAUUUGUAGAGAAUAUUUUUAUGUAUAAGCGGUGCCCGAGCCAAGUAGCAUUGGCCACAUGUUGUUACGCCGGUAACAUUGCGAGUUGCAAUUCAAAUAUAAUCAUUGAUGUUAAAUGAUUCAUUCAAAUCAUUCCUAUCAUUAACAAUCUACGAUCGAUAAGCUAGUAUCGGUAAUAAAAUUGUUAUAGUUCGUUUUCACUUUCUUUCGUAAUAAAACAAAUUUUAUUAACUUAAAGAAAGAAAGUUCAUUGUUUUAUUAUUAGCAUUGUAUUUAUUCAUGUAUGAUACUGUUUCCCUGAAUUUUAUUAUUGUAAGAUUAUAUUAUAUGAAUAAAUGAAA